UUUGGCGGGGCGGGGGCGCGGCUGGGCGCGGGCGGCCGUUAGGCUGCGCCCGGGGGCGGCGGGGGCAGCCGGCGAGAGAGCGGGGCCGGAGAUGGCGCGGAGCGGCCGGGCGCUCGGCAGGGCGCUGGCUGGCGGGCUCGCCGCCGCGCCGCCGCCGCGCCCGGGCGCUGCCAGGCACUUGGCUUCCUGUGGUAUUCUGAUGACCAGAAUUUCUUCACUGCAAGUACCUGAAAUGAACCAUACCUUUUCAAGAACUUUCUUCAACAUUACUGCACCACUAGUAAACAAAAGAAAAGAAUAUUCUGAAAGAAGAAUUCUAGGAUAUUCUAUGCAGGAAAUGUAUGAAGUUGUUGCUGUCGUGGAGAAUUACAAACUAUUUGUUCCUUGGUGUAAAAAAUCAGAUAUAUUAUCGAAGCGUUCUGGAUACUGCAAAGCACAGUUAGAAAUAGGAUUCCCUCCUGUAGUAGAGAGGUAUACAUCGGUUGUUACCCUAGUGAGGCCACAUUUAGUUAAGGCAUCUUGCACAGAUGGAAGACUGUUUAAUCACUUGGAGACUGUGUGGCGUUUCAGCCCAGGCAUCCCUGGUUAUCCAAGGACGUGCACAUUGGAUUUUUCAGUUUCUUUUGAAUUUCGUUCACUCCUACACUCAAAACUUGCUACGCUAUUUUUUGAUGAAGUGGUAAAGCAGAUGGUAGCUGCCUUUGAAAGAAGAGCAUCCAAACUCCAUGGCCCAGAAACUAACAUACCUCGGGAACUAAUGCUUCAUGAAGUUCAUCACACAUAAAAGGGAAAUUGUAACAGCCUCUACUAUAAAUUUGUAUGUACACUUUAUUUAUACAAGAGGUACAAUGCUCCUUUGAGGGCAUCACUGUGGUAUCUGAACUUUGUAAUUUACUACUGUAAAAAACACGCACAUAUUCAGCAGCCAGAUGUACAUAGAGGAAUAUUCAAGCUACUAUCAAGUGCAAUUUAAAGUGUUAACCAUAGCAGACUGAUUGGCAGCUACUGUAACACAAGAUAACCCAAACUGCUGUUUAUCAACCUGCCGAACAGUUUAUGUAAUAACAUCAGAUGUUCUACUUUAUCUAAGCUUAUAUUUUUACAGUGUUUGUAAUAUAUUAACUCAAGUUUAAGUUAUUAGUAGUUUGAAUGUAACUUACCAGCACCAACUUAGCUGCUCGGGCCAAGUUAAGGGAAAUUGUGACAUUCUAGCUUUGAAGUACAAAACACUUUGUUAAAGAACCAAGUAGCAGAUGUUUUUGAUCCAAGUGGAUGACAGAGGUCAGCUCAAAAGUCUCCAUAUGCUGCUGAAUUCUGAUCAGUAAUUGCUAUAGAAAAAAACAAAACAAACAGCCUAAAGCCCAAGUUAAACAUCAGGAUAGCGUAAUUUUUGAGAGCAGCAGCUUCAGAUAUAUCCAGUUGUUCUUAUCUGCCUGGGCAAACACUUGAAUUUGUAGUUUUUGGCAAGAUGAACUUGCCUACUGGCACUAUUUCACUGUUAUGCAUAGUAAUUUGGGUACGCUGGACAUGAUCUAAUAUCACAGUUCCCAGUUCUAGUUAAAUGUAACUUUAAACUGAAUUAACAGAUGUUACUUCAGUGAAAACUAGGCCAUGAAUGCACAGCGUUCUGUACCAAAUUGCUAUCCUCUCUGCCUACUGGGAAGGAAGGAACAUGCUAUGCUCCUCUUGCUGCAGACUAAAUACAGCCAGCAGCUAUCAUUAAGUAGCUUGCUACAAUAUGGAUCCAAUGUGGUUUGUCAGUGCAGUGAGAUGGUGCCAACUGUUGCCUUGAUUGAAUGGAUUUUCAGUAGUUUAUUCCUUACUUUAGUAAGAUAAUGGGCCAAGUGAACAGAUUUGACGAGACAGUAAAAUCGUUUCUGUACACUGCCUUGAGUUACCAAACUUUACUGAGGUGAAUUUUAUAGUCAGGUGUAUUUCAUGGUUGAAGUUCCUCUUUUCCAGAGUGUCUGUAAUCUGCAUAGUUACUGCAGAAUAGGUGGCAAGAUUCAUUUACUGUGUUAAUUAGCAUAGGAGGGUAAGUUUCAGGACAAAGACAGCCCUGAAACAGUUUCAGACAACUUAGACUGUUUUCCAGAUAGAGCAAGUAAAGUUUCAGACAUGCCCUUGCUGAAGGACAGUUCUUAUUAUAGGUGGGAAGUUGGGGGAAAGUGACAGUGGGAUUAAGAGGUCAGUUUAAACGCAUCUAGGAAAUUGUCAAGUCAUUUUGUAUGUUGAGACAAUCAAAAAAAAAAAAAAAAGAA